AUGUGUUCUAUUUCUUCGUCAUUGAGGAUUUGUGAAAUUGUGAAUUGGUUGAAAAACCCUAGAAAUUCUAAUUUAAAUUUUUGUUUACAGUGGGACUGCAACAGAAGCUACCGGGAGCUCCCAUUUAUCCUAGAUGGCGGUUUAAAAGAGUUCGUUCAAUGUUAUCCUUCAGAACCUCAGGAGGACUUCAUAGAAACCUCAUGGUUGAUUCGGCAUAUUCUAUGGGCACACAUAGCAAAACCUGUAGAGAGGGACUUCUCCGCAGAAGAUGAAGACCAUGAAGUAGCGCUUAAAUUGCGUAAUAUACGUUCAGAAGGGGCAUUGCCGAAAAAUUCUUACUUUGCCAAGGAGCCAGGUGUAUCUAGUGGCACUUACACGAGCAUUUCCGAGCAUCGAUUUCCAAUGGAAUACAACAAAGGAAACAUUAACCCUGCAGCUUCGACGGACUUCAUGAAGCCGCAAGAUAUGUCGAGCAAUGGAAUGAGGGUAACCAAGACUACUCAAGGUCACCUGAUAGACGGAGAGAUAAUUCUCCAGAGCCGAUGGACAAUGCUGUGCCAACUUGUCUCUCCACCUCCUUCCUUUGACAGGAGUUUUAAACCUGCUAAAGUCAAAGAACCAGAAAAAGACGUGAAGGGGCGAGGCUUCACGGGAAUCCGAAAUUACAAGAAUUGCUGUUUUAAGAGCGCGAUCUUACAAUGUAUGAAAACCUUGCCGUUCAUAAAAGAGUACUUUGUGAAUACAAACAGGUACUUAACCCUGAAUCGAAGAGUACCUCCGGUAUUCAAUAUAUUGAUGGGCGAGGUAAGAUUUUCCUAG